AUGCAUAAAAAGGGCACACAGAAAGCAGUAAUAGAAGAUCCUACCCUUUUGAGAAAUUUCUUAAAUUAUAAUAAUGAUAUUCAAUUGCACAAUGUUUCUGAAACAGGUUUAAAAGAGGAAUGUGUUUUUCACGAUAUACCUUCUUAUCAUAUGACUGAAAAUUAUAGCGUAGAUGAGUUGCAUGAUGGUCGAGAGGGCUUGUGCAAUGUUGAUAUGAUUCACAUUUUAAGAAAUCUCAUUGAUGGCAAGUACAAAUGUUUUAAUCUUGAGUUUUUGAACAAUAGGAUGCUUAUGUUUGAUUAUGGAUCAAAACAGUCAUCAAAUAAACCGCCAUGUAUAUCUACCGACCAUCUAAAGAAAAAAAAAUUAAAAAUGACUGGCUCGGAAAUAUUGUGUUUUGUAAGACUUUUUGGAGUCAUUGUGGGCGAUUUAGUUUACGAGGAUAACCCAUACUGGCAACUUUAUUUACUAAUGCGUCAAAUACUUGAUAUCAUACUUGCAAAAAGGUUGUCAAAAGGUUCUAUUUCUCGUUUAAAAAUUUUAAUACAAGAGCAUCACGAACUUUUUAUUUCUUUAACGGGAGAAAAUUUAACUCCAAAAAUGCAUAUUCUUACUCACUACCCGAGAAUUAUUGAACAAAGUGGCCCAACUUCUCAUUUAUCGACCAUUCGAAAUGAAGCCAAGCAUAGAGAUUUUACCCAAGCUGCUGCAGCUAAUAUGUCUCGUUUGAAUAUAGCUCAUUCGCUUGCUAUAAAACACCAGAUGGGUAUGUGUUAUCGAUUUUUAUCAAAAGAAGGUUUAACACCUGACAUGCAAACUGGUCCAGGUCACAUUAUAACAUUACAUAACAUGUUACCAUUUAUUCAGGCUGUUCCACGUGAACUCAGAGAUACUGAAUGCAUGACUUUUAAAUGGAUUGACUAUAAGGGAACUACCUAUAAGUUAGGAAUGGUUGUAGCAAUAGGUGCUCAGGAUUUAUGUCCACUGUUCGGAGAAGUGGUCAAUAUCAUUGUGAAUGAUCAUGAUGUUUGCCCACUUCUUAUUUGCACUGUACUUUUAAAUAUCGGGUUGUCUGAACAUGUGUUAGGUUAUGAAGUUGAACCCACAAAAGAUUGGAUAUGCAUUAAGAUUGUGACGUGA